AAGCACAGAAACCCCGAGCAGUAGAGAAGUUUAGUUUGGAUACUGAUGAUUGCGUCGGGUUUGAAGUUCGCAGUAAUAAACAAUACUAAACAACACACCUAGAUAAGAGGUUGAGUUCGAGGGCACCACCACCUCCAGCAAUGAAGUUGAAUAUCGAGGGGCUGCUGGUGUAUUUUCCUUAUGACUACAUCUACCCAGAGCAAUACUCCUACAUGCUGGAGCUGAAGAGAACUCUGGACGCUAAGGGCCAUGGAGUUCUGGAAAUGCCAUCGGGAACUGGGAAAACCAUAUCCCUUCUUUCUUUAAUUGUUGCUUAUCAGCGGGCCUUCCCCCUGGAGGUGACCAAGCUGAUCUACUGCUCUCGAACUGUGCCUGAGAUAGAGAAGGUGGUGGAAGAGUUGAGGAAGCUAAUGGAGUUCUAUGCCAAGGAGACGGGAGAAGAGAGCAGCUUCCUCGCCCUAGCCCUGUCGUCUCGUAAGAACCUCUGUGUGCACCCAGAGGUGAGCUCCCUGCGCUUUGGGAAGGAGGUGGACGGGAAGUGCCAUAGCUUGACAGCGUCCUACAUCCGUGCCCAGCGCCAUAGUAACCCCAGUGUGCCUACCUGCCACUUCUAUGAGGGUUUUGAUGCCCUUGGGAGGCAGGUGCCCAUCCCCUCUGGUAUCUACAACCUGGACGAUCUGAAGGCUUUCGGCCGGAGCAAAGGCUGGUGCCCCUACUACCUGGCACGGUACUCGAUUCUCCACGCCAAUAUCGUUGUCUACAGCUACCACUACCUCCUGGACCCAAAGAUUGCAGACCUGGUCUCCAAAGAGCUGGCCAAGAAGUCUGUCGUGGUUUUUGACGAAGCGCACAAUAUUGACAAUGUGUGCAUUGACUCCAUGAGUGUCAACAUCACCCGGAGAACCCUGGACCGCAGCCAGGCUAACAUGGAGACCCUCCAGAGCACCAUCCAAAAGAUAAAGGAGACGGAUGCAGCCAAACUGAAAGAAGAAUACAGCCGAUUGGUGGAGGGGCUGAAGGAGGCCAAUGUUGCCCGGGAAACAGACGUCUACUUGUCCAAUCCUGUGUUACCCGAUGAAAUCCUUCAAGAGGCUGUCCCUGGCAGCAUCCGCACAGCAGAGCACUUUGUGGGCUUCAUGAAGCGCUUCCUGGAGUACCUCAAAUCCCGCCUCCGGAUACAGCACGUGGUGCAGGAGAGUGCGCCCCAGUUCCUCAAGGACAUCUUCGAGAAAGUGUGCAUUGACCGUAAGCCACUCCGGUUCUGUGCGGAGAGGCUGCGCUCAUUGUUGCGGACCCUCGAGAUCGCGGACAUCGCGGACUUCUCCCCCAUCACUCUCAUCUCUAACUUUGCCACGCUGGUCAGCACAUACAGCAGAGGUUUCACCAUUAUCAUCGAGCCUUUCGAAGACAAGACCCCCACAAUCGCUAACCCAGUGCUGCACUUCAGUUGUAUGGACCCUUCGAUAGCCAUCAAGCCUGUGUUUGAGCGCUUCCAGUCAGUCAUCAUCACCUCAGGGACCUUGUCACCACUGGACAUCUACCCCCGGAUUCUUGACUUCCGCCCGGUUACCAUGGCGUCCUUCACCAUGACGCUGGCGCGCACUUGCUUGUGCCCCCUUAUUGUAGGCCGAGGGAACGACCAGGUGGCGAUUAGUUCUAAGUUUGAGACACGGGAAGAUUUCGCUGUUAUACGUAACUAUGGCAAUCUGCUCCUGGAGUUGUCAGCCAUCGUGCCAGACGGCAUUGUGGCAUUCUUCACCAGCUACGUUUACAUGGAGAACAUUGUGGCUUCAUGGUAUGAGCAGGGGAUCCUGGAGAACAUUCAGAGGAACAAGCUCAUCUUCAUUGAGACGCCUGAUGCAGCGGAGACCAGCAUGGCACUAGAGAAGUACCAGGAGGCUUGUGAGAACGGCCGUGGGGCCAUUCUGCUGUCGGUGGCUAGGGGGAAGGUGUCAGAGGGGAUUGACUUUGUGCAUCACUAUGGCCGUGCUGUGGUCAUGUUUGGAGUACCCUAUGUCUAUACACAGAGCCGCAUCCUCAAGGCGCGUCUGGAGUACCUGCGGGACCAGUUCCAGAUCCGCGAGAACGACUUCCUGACGUUCGACGCCAUGCGGCACGCGGCGCAGUGCGUGGGGCGGGCCAUCCGAGGCAAGACCGACUACGGCCUGAUGGUCUUCGCCGACAAGCGGUACGCCCGUGCUGACAAGAGGGGGAAGCUGCCUCGCUGGAUCCAGGAGCACAUCAGCGACGGCAGCCUGAACCUGACCAUCGACGAGACCGUGCAGCUCUCCAAGCACUUCCUGCGCCAGAUGGCCCAGCCUUUCAGACGGGAGGACCAGCUCGGCCUCUCCCUCCUCACGCUGGACCAGCUGCAGUCAGAGGAGAUGCUGGAGAGGAUCGCCCAGAUCGCUCACCAGGUCUGAGGCGCUCGCAUCAGAACCGACACAGGCCUUGCGAAACCGUGCCCGUCCCGCAUACAUGGCCUGUCCUCCAUUGCUUUCUCCAGACUACAAAAGCGACUGCUUCCACUGUAUAUAUG